AUGGCAACAGCUACGAAUGCAAGAUGGCAGAAGAUCGAUCGCAUCACUGCAAAAGACGUGUAUCUAGAGUUACCACGUGGUAAACGACGCUAUCUGACGGCAUUUCUAUGUCUAUGUGUCUCUACUAUUUGUUAUGCUGAUCGCACAAAUAUGGGCAUUGCAUUACCGUCAUUUAUCACACAUACAACGGAACAGGGUGAAAUACUUUCUGCCUUCUUCUAUGGCUACAUGUGUACCCAAAUUCCUGGAGGGUAUUUUGCUGCUAGAUUUGGUGCAAAACUUGUUUUACUUGUUGGUGUCAUUGUAUGGACACUUUUUGAUCUGUCGACGGUACUAGUGGCAAAAUGCUUCACGUGUCUCUUUGUGACGAGAAUAGGGAUGGGGCUUGGAGAAGGUAUUUUGUUCCCAUGUAUGCACCAAAUUGCUGGUGCGUGGUACCCGAUACAGGAACGAAGUCGCCUUGUAUCACUAGUGGCAAGUGGUUCCGACCUAGGCACUAUCUCUGCGCUGAUCAUAUCGCCUGCAAUUAUGGCAGCUAGUGGUUGGCAAUGCAUUUUUAUUGUAUUCGGCGCACUCAGCUUCAUCUGGGUUGUAGUGUACGUCUUUAUGGGAAUGAGCCGACCAGAGGAUGAUCCCUACAUCACGGCUGAAGAACGCAAUUUCAUUCUUUGCAACCGCACAGUCGAUCCAGACACUCACGAACGUCAGAGCUCGCGCGCUGAGCUAGACACCCAUGCAAUCAACUGGCGGGUGCUGCUGACCUCACGGCCAGCGUGGGCGAUCUACGUUGCGCACAUGUGCUACAACUACAGCUGGUACGUCCUAUUGGGCUGGAUUCCACAGUACUUUAAAUUAGCUUUGAAUCUCGAUCUGACCAAAACGGGAGGGUUUGCCGCCGCGCUGCCUUACAUGUGUGGCUACACCGGCACCCUACUGUUCGGGCAACUGGGUGAUCUCCUGGUCACUCGCGGAUACCGCGAACUGCAUGUGCGCCAAACAAUGAAUGCUUUUUCGUUCUUUGGAUGCGCCUUUUUUCUCUUCUCGCUACGCCUCGCCAAGUCAGCCCCCAUGGCAGUGGCUUUACUGUGUAUGACACUGUUCACCAGCCGCGCCGCUAUGGCUGGAUAUUGGGUCAACAUGAUUGAUGUAGCGCCGAAUCACGCUGCACAUGUUAUGGGCAUCUCCAACACCUUCGGCACUAUCCCGGGCAUCAUUGGUAAUGUGGUCACAGGCGCAAUCCUGCAAGCUACGGGAUCAUGGGACCUCGUGUUUGCAAUUGCUGCAGUCGUCCUCAUCUUUGGCGCGGUGUUUUUUCAUUGCAAUGCCUCAGACAAGUCAAUUUACGCAAGACGUAGCCACGAAGAGGAUUACAGCAGCAUCAGCGCUACUUCCAGCUCCAAGUCCAAUUUGUCUUAUUCGUCUUUGAUCCCCGAGCUUCACGACGACAAAGAGAGCUUGCUUGCUUAG